GCGCCGCCAGUUGAACCAUCAGCGCCGGGCGCCCAACCCGUACGUCCUACCCUAUUAAUCUCACCUUACGAGAAUAUCGUCUCAACCCACACUGGAAUCAAAGUGUAUUAGUUUACAUAAUAAUAUUUUAGUGAUUGUACGGCAUAUAAAAUUAAUAUGUGACUUCGAAGUGUUAUUGUUAUUUUGGUGCUGGACUCGAUCCAAGUGCAUUGUGAACCUUAUACGUUUAAGGGCACCGGCCCUUUAUCUCUGGCAACUUCCAUGUAUGAUCGUAAAUUAUCACACAUUUAUUUCCAUGGACGCAUUAUAAUCACUUAAUAUAGUUAUGAAUAACGGAACCCGACGAGCCUUAACGGGCUCUAUACAUAAAAUUAGAGAAUUUGAAUUAGAAAAGGUAAGCCUAGUGGAAGAGUUUGAUAUACUACAAAUAGUUGGAGAAGGAUGGUUUGGAAAAAUUCUUUUGGUCGAACACAGAGCUUCCGACACGGAAAUAGUUUUAAAAGCUUUACCUAAGCCGUAUGUUUCCAUUAGAGACUUUUAUAGAGAAUUCCAUUAUGGUCUUCAUUUAAGUGCACAUAGAAAUAUUGUCACCACUUUCGAUGUUGCAUUCGAAACUGCUGGAUUUUAUGUGUUUUGUCAGGAAUAUGCUCCUUUAGGCGACUUAACAUCGAAUAUGCUCGACACUGGAAUUGGAGAAAUUCAUACUAAACGAGUUGCAAAACAAUUAGCAGCUGCUUUGGAACAUCUCCACCAAAGAGAAUUAGUACAUAGAGAUGUUAAACUAGAUAACAUAUUAAUUUUCAAAUCGGAUUUUUCAAGAAUCAAACUUUGUGAUUUCGGUGAGACAAGGAAAGCCCAAUCAGUAGUCAGACGGAGAAACGAAUGGUUGCCGUAUUCACCUCCCGAAGUUUUAACUUUGACCGUGGACAGUAGUUACAAAGCACUAAUUACACACGAUGUUUGGCAAUUUGGUAUAGUUAUAUUUAUUUGCCUGACUGGAUGUUUACCAUGGCAAAAAGCUGCGUUUGAUGACCCUAGAUAUACUAGCUAUUAUAACUGGUACAGUAGUUCAAACCCCCUGAAGAAACAGCCAAAAUUAUGGAAAAUGGUUUCUUCAAGAGCACAAAAAAUGUUUAAGAAAUUUGUUGAACCCAGAGUGUUUAGAAGAGCGACGAAUUUUCAAGAAAUUUCCCGUUAUUUGGAUGACAGAUGGAUGGCAAAAGGUUACACAGAUAGAGUUGCUGGGGGUGAUAUCGAUGAAUUAUGUCCAUCUAUGUACAGUUUUCACAGUGAUCCAAACGAAAAAAAUAUACUACUAAAACAUUUCCGUGAUAACGGAAUUGAAACAACUGUAGAUAGACAAGUGAAAAAACAAAGGAUACGGGAAUGGAUACAAAAUAGUGUCAUUGAAGAAGUAGACGAAGAGGAAGAGAACAACUUUGAACAAAAUGUAUAUGAUGAUAGUGAUGCUGAACUUGAGGAUAGAUCAAGACCACAUCCAAUAGAUGAAAGUCAUAGAGUGACACUAAGGUAUGACACUGAAAAACAUAUAAACCCAAGGACUGGAGAAGUUGUUGAAGGUAUAAAACAUUCACCAGCAGAGAAAAAUCCUCUUUCUUACGAUGUACAGAAUAUAGAACCUGUUGCGCCAGCAAAUGUCGUUAGAAGAUACGGAGUGAAAGAAGAUAAUUCUUCCUAUAGUUCAACAAAAGACAGUGCUUACGGAUCUAUGGAAGUUAAAGUUAAUUCGACCAAAACAGCAUCGCGUAAACUGGAAAGUAAGCAAGUGAUGUCU